UAGGAACUGUCUGUGAGCAGCAAAGUUUCCACUCGAGCAGUAUAAGAGUGGAAAUACCUCGGUCACAUUGAGACAAUUGAAAUGUAGGAAAUGAACAUUUGUCGUAGAAACAUGUAUUCGAAGAAGUUUGGCCGGCUUAUGUUUGGCCUUUGUACCCGCUGCUCUACAAGUGUGGUGACAGCUGCGACUAUAUCAACGUCACAUAGGACUGCGGUUCGAUUGACUUCAGUAUGUAAACAUCGCAUGCAUUUUCUGGAGCGUCGCUCCCAGAUUGGUCUGGAACAUGCAAGGGUUCGAUGUUCCUCCCAGACCACUGUGGACCCAAAUGAGGUGAAGAGGUUCCAGCUUCUGGCCAGUAAGUGGUGGAACGAGCAGGGAGAGUUUGCAGCCCUUCACUCCCUGAACGACCUCCGGGUGCCAUUCAUACGGGAUAAUUUGUUGAACGCCCAUGGCAGGGGCCAGCCAGGGAAACCCCUCGCAGAACUCAGAAUACUGGAUGUGGGCUGUGGAGGAGGGUUGCUCACUGAGCCCUUGGGUAGAUUAGGUGCGUGUGUGCUAGGCAUCGACCCGGUAGCAGACAGUAUUGGGAUAGCAGAGGUUCAUGCGUGGCACGACCCAGACGUGCGCGAUAACGUGCGCUACCGCUCCAUCACCCUGGAGGAGCUCUCUGAGAAGGGGGGACAGGGAGCGGGGCAGUUUGACGCAGUGGUAGCUUCGGAGGUGGUGGAACACCUGGCCCAGCUGGAAACCUUUGCGCUCUGCUGCAACCAAGUGCUCAAGCCAGGAGGUUCCCUUUUCAUCACCACUAUCAACAAGACCCGGCUUUCGUACGCCCUUGCCAUCGUGGCGGCCGAGGAGGUACUGCAUAUCGUGCCCAGAGGGACCCACGACUGGGACAAGUUUGUCUGCCCGGUGGAGCUGGAGCGCCUGCUAGAGUCUCAUGGUUUCCACGUGGACUCAGUCAGGGGUAUGCUGUACAACCCUCUGUCAGGGGCCUGGAAGUGGACGGAAAACACCAGCGUCAACUACGCGCUGCAUGCUGUAAAGCUCAAGGAAGAUACGAGCCCAGAUGAUGAUGAUGACCCCAUCGUGGUGGUGGCGCAAGAAAAGGCCAGACGCUGGUACAAUUAACUUUGACCAUGGGAAAUGGAGAGGGGGAGAGAGCGAGAGAGAGAGGUCCACUGCAUCUCCGAUCUCCCUGAAGUGACUGAAAGGACGAUAGACCUUAAUAACACACAGCCUAUGAGAAAGUGACAGGGAUGUGUUAGAACUGAGUACAUGACUGUACAUCCUUUCAUUAAAUCCCUGAUUACUCUGAGUUCCUUCAUGAAGAGUGCCCCUGAGUUAGACUUUUAAGGCUUGUCAUUACAGUAUUGUAUUAGUGUUUAUCACCAUGAUUUACUGAUUUAGGCAAUUUGAGUAACACUAUUAACAAGUAAUUCUGAUUAUCAAAUGAUGCCUGUUCAUCAUUUUGUACGUAUAGUUUGCUUUUUAUAUAAUAUUUUCUUGUCUGAUGAAUAAGUCUCUUAUUUCAGCAGUGUCCAAUUCAAUUUCAGUUGAAAAUAAACUGUUUGGAAAUCCAG